AUAUAUUUUUUUUUUUUUUUUUUUUUUGGGCCGCGUUGUGGACGAGCCUGCUAGCUGCAAAGCAUUAGCCGAGCCGAGCCGAGCCAAGGGAGCGUCUCACACGUUCCGUCCGCUCUGCUCAUCUCCUCCUCCUCGGCCGGCAGGCGGGCAGCAUGCGGCGUCUCCCCGGGUCCGUUGGCGGAGGCGGAGGCUUCCGGCCGCUGCUGGCCGCUCUGCUGGCCCUCUCCUCGGCCUCCUCUGCAACCGCGUCCGCUCAUGUGGAUGGAACUCCGCCUUCGAGAAUAGCGGUGGUGGGCGCCGGCAUCGGGGGCAGCGCCGCGGCCCACUUCCUGCGCCGGCACUUCGGCGCCGACGUGCAGCUGGACGUGUACGAGAAGGGCGAGGUGGGAGGCCGCUUGUCCACCGUCACCGUCAACCGCGAGCGGUACGAGUCGGGCGGAGCCGUCCUCCACUCGCUCAACCUGCACAUGCGGGACUUUGUCGAGCAGCUGGGCCUCAAGUACCGCCGCGGCGUGUCGGGGAAGACGGCGGUGUUCGACGGCGCCGAGGUGAUCCUGGAGGAGACGGACUGGUACCUGCUGGACCUCUUCCGCCUGUGGUGGCGCUACGGCAUCAGCUUCAUCCGCCUGCAGAUGUGGGUGGAGGAGAUCAUGGAGAAGUUUGUCCGGAUCUACAAGUACCAGGCCCACGGUUACGCCUUCAGCUCGGUGGAGGAUCUGCUGGACUCGCUGGGCGGGAGCGGCUUCCUGAACAUGACGCGCAGGCCGCUCUCGGAUUCGCUGCUGGAGCUGGGCGUGUCCCAGCGCUUCAUCGACGAGGUCGUGGCGCCCGUCAUCAGGCUCAACUACGGCCAGAACGUCAGCGUCCCCGCUUUCGUGGGUGCGGUGUCUUUGGCGGGCGCCCAUUCCAACCUUUGGGCGGUGGAAGGCGGGAACAAGCUGGUCUGCGAGGGGCUGCUGAAGACGGCCAACGCUAACCUGGUGCCCGCGCGGGUCACUUCGGUGCGACUGCUCCGCUCGGCAGGCGACGUGCUUCAGUACCAGCUGAGCGUGGCCGGGGAGGAGGAGGCGGCAACGGCGGCGUACGACGCGGUGGUGCUGGCGGCGCCGCUGGGGUCCGGCUCGGGCGUCUCCUUCCUAGACUUUGACCCGCCCUUGGAGCCGGCGCAGGGCGACUACUACGGCAUGGUGGCCACGGUGGUGCACGGCUACCUCAACACGUCGCUUUUCGGCUUCCCGGACCCGCGCCUCUUCCCCUACGCUGGCGUGCUGACCACCGCCGCGCCGGCGCUGUUCUUCAACGGCGUGGCCGCCGUUUAUCCCGUCAACGUGUCGCUGGGCUUCCGCCGCAAGGGGGCGCACGAGGCCGGCGUCUACAAAGUCUUCUCGCCCAAAGUGCUGACCAGGGAGCAGCUGAAGACGCUCUUCAGGUCGUACUACUCGGCACAGGCGACGGAGUGGCAGGCGUACCCUCGGGCGGGGUCGACGGCGGCCCCCGUGGAGAUGCGGCCCGGCCUCUACUACCUGAACGGCGUGGACCGGGCGGGCGGUGCCGCGGAGAUGAGCGCUGUGGCCGCCAAGAACGUCGCCCUGUUGGCUUACCACCGCUGGUACGGGCGCAGCCUCCAAGUGGACCGCAAGGACCUCAUGCACAGGAUCAAGACUGAACUUUGACCUCCUGGGGGACCUCGCGGGGCUUGGAAAGUAGCGUUUGGUCCAAUUUGAGCAUGCCUGGCGUGGACGUUUGGGGUUCCGGACGCCGCAGGCUGGGCCGCGUGUACGGCUCGCUGCAACGAGGAUCCUGUCCAAUAUUCAUUCCAUAAAUUUGACCCCUCCCGCCAAAUUGUGGCAAUUUAUGAGGCUUUUUGGAUUGUUUAGUUCAUUAAAUAACACCACCCCCCCCCGACUCCCCCAAUAGCUUCGUG